UAAAUAGAUUGUCUAGUACAUAGGUACUAAGUAAGUAUCCUAGAGGUCGCUCAAUACGGAGAGAUAAGGAUUCGUCAUGAAAACACUCAUUCUUUCUGCUAUUUGUCUGACCCCAUUUUUGAGCAUCUUCCUUGCUGCGGUGCUACCGGAAACGACUCAUCACGUGACUACAAAACACGUUACUACAACCCCGAGGCCAACCCCGGAAAGAUAUGAGCAAACCAACAACUUCUAUCUGUACGACAGGGACAGCCAUUACUUCUGUGUCUCCCAUCAUUCUAUCCGUGUUCACUACCACUACUGUCUCUGCUAUCAUCUCCCGUAUGAACACAGAGGAGAGCUCAAUGAUCCCAUGUUGCUUUUGAAAACAGAGAAAUUGAUGUUUGAAUUAUAUGAUGCGGGGUAUUACGUACAACUACCAUUGAAGGAGCUUGAAUAUUACAGCCACCGAAACUAUGCUAUGUGUACUCACACUAAUGGUAAUCCACCGAACACGACUUUCUUUAUGGUGUAUCCCAAACCCGACAAAUAAAAUGCAGGUUCAAGGAGAAUGUAAAUAAAAUGUGUACACCAAUUGUAAAA